AUGGGAAACCAAACACCAGUGGUAGAGUUCAUUCUUCUUGGAUUGACAAAUGAUGUCAGGCUUCAAGCUGUACUUUUCCUUUUUCUGCUACUAACUUAUGUUUUAAGUAUCAUGGGAAACCUGACCAUCAUCAUUCUGACCUUGCUUGAUCAUCACCUCCAGACUCCUAUGUAUUUCUUCCUCCGGAAUUUUUCAUUUUUGGAAAUAUCCUUUACUUCUGUCUUUGUUCCCAAAAUGCUAGUCAAUAUUGGAACUGGAGACAAGACCAUCUCCUUUGGCGGUUGUUUCACUCAGUAUUUUUUUGCAAUUCUUCUAGGAGCAACUGAAUUUUACCUUCUAGCUGCCAUGUCCUAUGACCGCUAUGUGGCCAUUUGCAGACCCCUGCAUUACACAGCUAUGAUGAGCAGGAGGCUUUGCAUUCUACUUGUCCUAUGUUCCUGGUUCUCUGGUUUUUUAGUUGUCAUUGUGCCGCAUAUAAUGACCCUCCAGCUGCCUUUCUGUGCAUCCAACAUCAUCAAUCACUAUUGCUGUGACUAUACUGUAUUGUUGCAUUUAUCCUGUUCAGACACACAUUUGAUAGAAGUAAUUGAGUUUGUCCUUGCUGCAGUGACCCUCAUCUUCACCUUGAUGCUUGUGAUUCUUUCCUACAUGUACAUUAUCAGGACCAUUCUAAGAAUCCCCUCUGCUCAGCAGAGAAGAAAAGCUUUUUCUACAUGUUCUUCUCAUAUGAUUGUGGUCUCACUUUCUUACGGAAGCUGUAUCUUCAUGUAUAUAAAUCCUUCUGUUAAGGAUUCAGAAACUUUUAAUAAGGGAGUGGCUGUUUUAAAUACCUCAGUUGCCCCUCUGUUGAACCCUUUCAUCUAUACUUUAAGGAAUAAGCAAGUGAAAAUAGCCUUCAAAGAUAUGGUCAAUAAGAUAACAAUUUUUUCAAAAAAGUAA